AAGUACAUGAAGGAGGCACACGGUUUUCAAACCGGUGGAGGACAAAGUGAUUCAUAAACAGCUCGUACAAAAUCAUGCUUAUUCGUAAACUAUAACAGCUUAUGUAUUUGUGUGGACUAAGUUAAAGUGUCGCUUAACUUUAAUGUAUUAGACUCGGACUAACAGAUUCAUCAACGCUCUUUUGGUCUUAUCAGAACACAAACACACACAGGAUUUAAUGUGCGUCUGAAUCCACACUAUCAAAACAAGCAAAAGAAUCUGAAGAUCUCCGGAGAAAAUUAAGAUUUACUUGAUUAAUUAACGAUCAGCUGAUGCGUCGAGGAAAAGCGGUGCUGGUUUCCAGUGGUAACGGGCACGCGCACAGAUUUCACCACAAACACACGACCCUCCAGCAGGCGAUCAGAUAUGUCUUUAAAACAGAAGAAGGGGCUCAGGAGCUCUAUAGAUGAUGUGUUGGGAGAUCUGCUCGGUGAUGAUGAUGAUGGUGGUGAUAAAGGUCCAGUGAAGGUGCGGUCGAUGACAUCAUCAUCUGUGUCCAGCAGACCUGCAGCCGGACUCAUGUCACAAAGCGGGAAGAGGUCUCUGCUGGACGAUGAUUUCUUCAGUAAACUGGCAGAAGAGGCGGAGAAAGAUGAUGAGGGCUCGGAGGUCUCUGAGGCUGACCCCGCCGCUCUGCUGGACAGCAUGAAGGACAUAGAUGACAUGGACGCGGAUCUCUUCGGCUCCAAGAAGAAGAAGAAGAAGCCCAGUUCAGCUCCUCCUCAGAGGAAAGCUGCAAACCCAGGAGAUAACACCAAAAGCAGAGAAGAGAUGGUCACUGAGGAGAAAAAGCCCAGUUCUGCUCCGGCGUCCACAGCGAGAACGUACAAGAAGUUCAGCUUUCUGGAUGAUGAAGGUGGAGGUGUUGAUCCUCCUCCUCAUCGCCAUGAUGAUGAUGAAGAUAACAUAGACGAUUCAUUAGAUGAUUUAUUGGAUGAUCUGGAAGACAAGCAGAAGAUGGGGAAGAAAACCGAGCCACCGUCCUCUUCUUCACCAGUCGUUCCUCAGAAAACAGAGACAGCUUCUCCAGCAGCUACUGUGAAGAAGAAAGACGAUCUGAUGUUUGAUGAUGAUGGAGAUGAUCUGAUGGAUGCGCUGGGCUUUGGAGAAUCACAAAAAACGCAUGGAAACGGAGCGACACAGAAGAAGGACAGUUUAACUGAUCGCCCCCCGAGAGCUCGCACACGUCUGGAUGAGCUCUUAGGCCGUGGGACGUCCCCUCGCCUGCUGGAGAGACCAGCAACCGGAGAGAAAAAAGACACGAAACUGACAGAGAAAGAGACAGAGAAACCACCAGAGAAAAACUCAGCGGGGAAAGGCUCUGUGAUGGACGAGGAGGACUUCACAUUCGGCUCUUAUCAGCCCACGAUGGGCUCGACUCCAGAGGGCCGUCAGUCCCGCAGACAGUCUGUCAGAUUCUCAACUGAAGAUGUGAGCUCUCACUCUCCCGAACACAAGCCCAAACCCUCCGCUCGGUCCACACGACCCAGAUCAGACUGGCUUGGCCUGAAGCAGGAGGAAGAGGAGGAAAAGAUGAAGGAGGAGCCCCAAAAACCACCCCCAGCAGAAACCCUGAAGCCUCCUGCAUCUUCCUCCACAUACACACAAGAAGACACGCAUGAUUCACCGAGAGCCGAAUCACCGGCCGCACCCGCGCCUCCCAAAACCAACUCUAAAACACUAAAGGACGAGGAAGACGAUUGGCUCACCGGAGCACUGAGCCGCAAGAAAACACCAAGCCAUGCAGAGGACAGAGAGCACAAACAGGAAGUGCGGAAGGAAGUGGAUGUUUUUCACAGCUCUAAACCUAAUGUGUCUCCAGCAUCACGAAGAAGAGCGGAUGAGUCCCCAAUCCCAGUUACUGAACACAGAGAGUCCACCGGGAGCUCAAUCCAACACAACACAAGCACAGACCGUCAACACAAACCUG